AUGACAAUAGGGACAUGGAAUGUCAGGACCCUCCUGGACGUGAACAAUUACAGACCAGAGAGAAGAACUGCUCUUAUCACCCAAGAACUAGCCCGUCUAGAUAUAGACAUAGCUGCCUUGAGUGAGGCAAGACUCUCAGGUGAGGGACACAUUAGUGAGGUACGUUCAGGGUACACCAUCUUCUGGAAGGGAAAGGAUGCAGGAGAACCACGCAUCCAUGGUGCAGGAUUUGCCGUAAAAACGAAAAUAGUGAAAGAUCUUCGACUUACACCUGUCUCAAUUAAUGAAAGACUGAUGACUCUUAGAGUACCCAUUGGUUCAGACAGAUUCAUCACCUUCGUCUCUGCAUAUGCUCCUACUUUAGACAGUGAUGAAGACACAAAGAAUCAGUUCUACCACCAACUGAACAGUACUCUCUCUAAAAUACCCAUUCAAGAUAAAUUAAUUUUACUUGGUGAUUUCAAUGCCAGAGUGGGAAGGGACAACCGUUUUUGGAGAGAUGUCAUGGGUAAACAAGGGGUGGGAAACUGCAAUGCAAAUGGGUUGCUACUUCUUGGUCUGUGUGCUGAGCACGAGCUUUUCAUCUCCAAUACCCAAUUCCGUUUGCGUAACCGCUAUAAGACCACAUGGAUGCACCCACGCUCCAAACAUUGGCAUCUUAUAGACUACGUUAUUACGCGACAGCGUGACAAGAAAGACAUUCUCAUCACAAAAGCAGCACUAAACAUCGAUGAGUGCUGGACGGACCAUAGACUUUUAGUCAGCCGUUUGAGAGUACCAAAGUAUCGCAAGCCACGAUCCCACUUUUCAAACCCACCACGCAGAAAAUUCAACAUAAGCAACCUGAACAACAAAAAUGUUCGCUCACACUUCCAAGACAUACUGUCCGAACAACUUAACAAAGCUCCAGCAACCACAGAUGACGUCGAACAAAAAUGGACCACAUUAAAGAACAUCAUCAAAGAAACUGCUGAGAAUGUUGUUGGUUGUAGUGCACGGAAAAGAAGUGACUGGUUUGAUGACAACCACGGAGAAAUCCAAGCCAUCAUCAAUGCAAAGCGGGAUGCUUACCUAUCCCUUGCUCAAGAUCCAUCCUGCGCAGAAAAGAAAGCACACUUUCUAGAACUCAAGCAGAAAUGUCAAAGUGAAAUACGAGUAAUCAAGAACAAAUGGUGGCAACAGAAAGCCACAGAACUCCAAAAUCUUUCUGAUGCAAGGAACCUGCGUGGCUUUUAUGCUGGUAUUAAAGAGCUGUAUGGACCUAUCCGCUCAUCAUCAGGAGCACUUAAAGCUGCUGACAACUCCACCAUUCUUACUGAAACGGUGCGCCACCGCAGGGAGGAGCCAGGCGGGGGUCGCGGGUGGGGUCUGGCUACAGCCCGAGCGGGGGCGGAGGGGCGGCCGCCUGAAUAUCUCCCGCAGCAGCGGACUUUCGGCGUGCCACCGCCCACGCACCCGCCCCCGCGUCAGCCGCUUCCUCCGUACACGGCGCCUCCUUUACGCAGCUUCCGGCAGACCAAGGAGGCGGCCCCGGAAUGCGUUCCCGCAAAUCUCCGGCAUCGUUUGCUGCCCCGGCAGCGGCCGACACCGCGAUUUACUGGCCGCUUCCUCGCGGCGGUUACCCUUGCUCUGUGUAUAUCCGCCGGUCUGUAA